AUGUCGUCUGGUGUCACUUUCACUCUCAGCAACGGUGUUAAGAUCCCCGGCGUCGGUUUUGGAACCUUCGCCAGCGAGGGCGCCAAAGGCGAGACCUACCGGGCUGUCACAUGUGCUCUCAAGACCGGAUACAGACACUUGGAUUGCGCCUGGUUCUAUCUGAACGAGGACGAGGUCGGUGAUGCCAUCCAGGACUUCCUCAAGGAAAACCCUUCUGUCAAGCGCGAGGAUAUCUUCAUCUGCACCAAGGUCUGGAACCACCUGCACCGUUACGAGGAUGUCAUCUGGUCGCUUGAGAACUCCCUGAAAAGACUCAAGGUCGACUACGUGGACCUCUUCCUGAUUCACUGGCCCAUUGCCGCCGAGAAGGAGACGCAGGAGAAGCCCAAGAUCGGACCUGAUGGAAAGUACGUCAUCCUGGAAGACCUCACCAAGAACCCCGAGCCCACAUGGCGGGCAAUGGAGAAGCUCUACGAGGACGGCAAGGCCAAGGCCAUCGGUGUCUCCAACUGGACCAUCGAAGGGCUCGAGCAGCUGCUCAAGUUCGCCAAGGUCAAGCCUCACGUCAACCAGAUCGAGAUCCACCCCUUCCUGCCCAACAACGAGCUCGUGCAGUACUGCCUCGAGCACGAUAUCCUGCCCGAGGCCUACUCGCCGCUGGGCUCCCAGAACCAGGUCCCCACCACCGGCGAGCGCGUUAGCGAAAACCCGACCCUGAACGAGAUCGCCAAGAAGGGCGGCAACACCCUGGCCCAGGUGCUGAUUGCCUGGGGUCUGCGCCGCGGCUACGUGGUCCUGCCCAAGAGCUCGAACCCGGCUCGUAUCGAGUCCAACUUCAAGAGCAUUGAGCUGUCCGAUGCCGAUUUUGAGGCCGUCAACAAGGUCGCCGAGGGCCGUCACUUCCGGUUCGUCAACAUGAAGGAUACUUUCGGUUACGAUGUGUGGCCCGAGGAGACGGCCAAGCAGAUGUCUGCUUAA